AAUUAGGUAAUUAUAGACAUUUCCAAGGGCAAAAAAGAUUCAUCCGCAAAGCAGAUAGGUUCAAAGUUUCAGAUUGUUUUCCAACUCUUGUCCCGGACAGACACGAACCUUCUGUGCCUCCUCUCUCUCCUUCAACCCUUUCCCUGUCUCUGCAGUACCAGUUUCGAAGAUGAUGCACAUGACCUUGUACUGGGGCAAGCAAGUCACCCUCCUCUUCGACUCAUGGAAGACCGAUUCCUGGCUCAGUUACUCCCUCACCUUACUCGCCUGCUUCCUCUUCGCCUCUUUCUACCAAUACAUGGAGGAUCGCCGCAUCCGCUGCAAAUCCCUCGCCUCCGCCAACUCCCCUUCCACCACUACUCCUCUCCUCUCCAAGAUGGGCCGUUUCAAGCCAGCUAAAGCCGCAUCGGCCGUGCUUUUCGGAUUCAACUCCGCGAUCGGUUACCUCCUGAUGCUCGCCAUCAUGUCGUUCAACGGAGGCGUGUUUCUAGCCAUCGUUUCCGGUCUGACCGUCGGAUACCUUGUCUUCCGGGGCCAGGAGGAUGAGGAGGUUGCCGUCGUUGACAAUCCAUGCGCUUGUGCUUGAGAAUUGAGAUCCAAGAUCUGGAAUUUUUUACGAUUGUCUAUCGACAGAAAACUUAACCCUUUCUUUAUACUCUUGUAUCAUGUUUGUAUUGCUAAGAUUACAAUCAGAUAUAUGAAUUUCUUCUUCCUCUGUGUGAAAUCUGUAAGUCUUCUUCUCUCCCAUUUCAGAUCUGAUUUUCUUCGAAUUUUAAUUUGGUGCC